GUCUGUCGCUCCCCGGUCACCGCGGAAAUCCCGCCCCUGCCCUCCCGGGGAAGCGCCGUGUCCCUGUGUCCCCUAGGAAGCGCCGUGUCCCCUGGGCUAUGCAGAGCCACCCAGUGCCUGGUCCCAGGUGCUGGGACUCCUCAGCCUCACCUGAGGGUCGCUGGUUCUGGCCCGGGAGUGCUCUGUGGGACGUGGCAGUGCUGCUGAGAUGGGGAGCGCUUUGGGGUGGAGGGCGGAAAGGACCACGGGCAGGGAGUGUGGUGUGGCCAUGGAUUUGUGAGCUCCAAGCAAAGAGAAAUGGACAGAUUUACCCCACUGCAGGAAUCACCUGGCUCCCGGUCACGGAAUGAGCUGGGGUUUGGGUCCCUUGGCACGUGAGCUGCAGUGAAAAGUGUUUUAGCCCUGGGGAGGGAGUGGGUGUGAGUGUCACGCUGCCUGUGCCUGGGCUGGCUGUCACAGUGUUGCCACUCUCUUCCCCACGCUGGGUAUUUGGGAGCUCUGUGGUCCUGACCCGUCGUGCAGAUCUGAAGGGGCAGGAUGGGGCAGGCCACGCUCGGGGGCUGUCCCAGGGCGCAGGCUGGCUCUCAGGGGCUGUUCCUCUGCAGGCUGAGCGGCACCCGACUGCACCUGGGCAUGGCUCCGCUGCCACCUCUGGUGAGGCCCAGGUAGGAGCCGGGCCAUGGGGGCAGCACCCGGGCCAGCUCCUCCCCGCUGCCCUCCGUAGCUCAACAGCAGCCCUGGCCACCUCGGCGGGCCACCAUGGAGCAGCCCACGCGUGUGCCCGGGCCCCGCCGCCUUCUGGGCUGCUUCAGGAGGAAGCCACAGCCCGUCGGGGAGGAGACACCACCACAACCGGAGCCGGAGCCCGAGGAGACACGGGUGGUGCUGGCCCUGGGCGAGGGCCAGGCGCUGGAGGAGUGCCCCCUGUGCCUGCUGCCGCAGCCCCCCGAGGCCUUCCCCAGCCUGGGCUCCUGCUCGCACCGCUCCUGCCGGGGCUGCCUGCAGCAGUACCUGCGCCUGGCCGUCACCGAGAGCCGCGUGCCCGUGUCCUGCCCGCACUGCCCCGCCGCGCUCCAGCCCCACGACGUGCACCGGCUCCUCCCCGAGCCCGCCCUCCGCGACAAGUACGAGGAGUUCCUGCUGCGGCGGCUGCUGGUGGCGGAUCCCGGCACCCGCUGGUGCCCUGCACCUGACUGCAGCUACGCUGUCCUUGCCCAUGGCUGUGCCGAGUGUCCCCGCCUCACCUGUGGCCGUGAGGGCUGUGGCACCGAGUUCUGCUACCACUGCCGGCAGCCCUGGCACCCCGAGGGCCCCUGUGCACCAGUGCCACCGGCCCCCAGCCUGGCCACCCCCACAGCACAGCUGGAGGAGCCAGCCCACGCUGAGGCCGAGGACAUCAAGGUCUGUCCUCGCUGCAGCGCCUUCAUCAUGAAGAUCAACGAUGGCAGCUGCAACCGCAUGAACUGCACGGUCUGUGGCUGCCUCUUCUGCUGGCUCUGCCUGCAGGAGAUCUCUGACGUGCACUUUCUGAGCCCCUCGGGCUGCACCUUCUGGGGGAAGAGGCCGUGGUCCCGGACCCGGAGGAUCCUGUGGCAGCUGGGCAUGGUGCUGGGAGCACCCAUGGUCAUCUCCCUUGCUGCGGGUGUUGCUGUCCCUGUCAUCACCAUUGGGAUCCCCAUCUACAUGGGCAGGAAGGUGCUGGGCCAGAGCCGGCGAAGCAGCCUCUCCGGGUGCCAGCAGUGCCUCUCUGUCACCAGCAGCGUCCUCCUGUCUCUCUUUGUGUCCCCCAUCAUAACAGCUCUCACUGUGGGUGUCGGCGUGCCCCUGGUGCUCACCUACGUGUACGGGACCGUGGUGCUGUCGCUGUGCCGGAGCCGCUGGGGCUGCAGGGGCGGCCGCACGCCCGGCGACCUCGGCGUGGUGGAGCUGGACAACCUGGCCAAGCUGAACGAGCUGUGGUCCGUGCUGCCCAGCCCCAGAGCGGCUGAGGACGGAGCUCCGGACGCCACCGCCUCCCUCCCCAGCAGCAGUCGCAGCCCGCGCCCGGCGCCGGCCUGGCCGGAACGGGACAGCCAGUCAGCCAGCACGGUGGCCCUCGCUGGGAGCAUGCUGAGUGAGGGCCAGGACACCUCUGACAGGGAAGGUGUCACCAUCGAGGUGGAGGUGUCAGUGGAAGCGGUGCCACGUUCUGCCCGGCAGCAGAGCCUCAGCAGUGCCCUGUCUGGGCAGAGCCUCUCUGGGGACUCCCUGGGAGCCACCAGUGACAGGGGCAGCUCUGUCAGUGUCCCUGUGGAGUGAUGGGGGCCUGAGGGGGAGAGUCUUGAUCCACACACAGGCUCUGUGCCCUCCUGUGGCAGAGCCAGUCCCUCUCUGCCAGCACACCCAGCCCUGGGAGCUGGUCCUGGGUGGGUGCCAGCUGCACCCAGCACUGCUGCACCCUGCACUAGCCCCGUCCGCCCCUUUCCCAGAGGCACCACUAGGAAAUAAAGCUGCUCUGCUUUCUUUUCACUAGGAAAUAAAAGCUGCUCUGUCUCCUGUGGCAAAACUCUCCAGACAGCACAGCCCCCUGGCAGCCCACUGGUGUGCACGAUAGGCAUCACAUCUGACCUGUGUGAGGAGGAGGCUGCCCAGGUGAUGCUCGGGUUAUCUGGAGUGCCCUCUGCCCUGCCUGUACCAGCUGAUCUGCCCUGAGAGCAGGCUGCAGGGUUAGGGGAGGGCAGCAGCUCCCCAGCUCCCACCUCUGGUGCUGGUCCCCUCAGGGAUCCAUCCUGCAGCAAGGCCAGUGUGGAGGGAGCACCAUGGGCUGUAGGGGACCUAUUGCCAGGCGGGUUGCAUAGUCUCAGGCCCUGGGAUCCUUGCCACUCUGCCUCCACUACAGCAUCCUGGGGAAAAAAGCUGCUUCCGAAUGUUUUGCUGCUCCCGAAUGUUUUUCUGCUCAGAGGUGGGCAGUCACAGAAUGAGUAGAGGAUCUGGGUUGGAAGGGAACUUAAAGCUCCUUGCUGUCCCUUGCCAUGGGCAGGGACAUCUUCCUGGAGCCAAGUUGCUCCAGGCCUUGUCCAACCUGGCCUUGAACACUUCCAGGGAUGGGGCAGCCACAGCUUCUCUGGGCAACCUGUGCCAGGGCCUCACUAGGGAAGGAUUUCUUCCCAAUAUUCCAUUUAACCCUGCCCUCUGGCAAUGGGAAGCCAUUUCCCCUUGCCUGUCCCUCCAGGCCCUUGUCCAAUGUCCCUCCAGCUUUCUUGGAGCCCCUUCAGGCACUGUGACUCUAAGGUCUCCCUGGAUCCUUCUCCAGACUGAACAUCCCCAGCUGUCCCAGCCUGUCUCCAUAGGAGGUGAGGUUUGUGAGUUGGCUCACCUGCAGAGCUUCCUCCAGCUGCUCAGGGAUUCCCACGUGAUGGGGUUGUGCCUUUGGCAGUGUCUUGCACUAUAGAUCUUCCUGUUUUGAAGAUGAGCUCCACUCUUCUGGUCCUGGGCUGUUGUCUUGGCUUCUGCAGUUCGGUCUGUCCCUCACCAGCCCAGGUGCUGCCUCUCCUGGCACCUUUGACCCCUUCCCUGGCAGCCCCCAGCCCCAGCUCCCCACCGUGCCUGGUGCUCUGCAGUGAGGUGUCCAGUGCUGAACUGCUCUGGUGUCUGCAGUGUCCAGGCUGGGCUCCUGAGGCCCUGUGUGAGUCUGGUGCUCCAGAGCCUCACACACCCCAGUGCUGCAGCUGGAUUUGCUGCUCAGGCCCUUUCCAUGUUCCCCUGGAAUGGGGCUGCCUGAGGAGACCUCUCAGAAAGACUUUUUUCCUUUGCAAAAGUGGGUUUGUUCUUAGCACAGCUUCCACUUGCUGCCAGGUGGGUUUGUCUCAGGAUCACUCUUAGAAGGGGCUGCUCAGUACCUCACACUUCCUCCCUGCUGUCAACAUCCUGGUCAAGGGUACUCCAGAUUUUGAAUAAACAAUGAAUAGUCACAGGGACAAGCAGUCCUAAAGUAUUAGUUAUUUCUGCCAUCCCUGAGAACCUGAGCUGAGACAACUUUGCUUGGUGACAUUAAAACCAGUUUGCCUCAA